AUUUCUGACUUUAAUGCCUCCUUACUUGUACUCACUUAAAAUCUAACUCUCUGUAGUUAAAUAAACUUGUUUUCUUUAACUGAAACUAAUCUAGUGUUGUGAAUUGUUUGGGUAACUCCCUUUAAGGUAGCAGACUGUUGUAUGCCGAUCUCCUUAAAGGGGCAAAAGGCCUAAUAUCUGUUCAAGAGAAGGCUGGAGAGUGCAAAACACAGGCUUUUGGGGGGGAAGUCUGGGACUCUGAGUGGUUUGGGCUCAAGCUGUAAGUAGUACCCAAGGCUGCUGGAAGCCAGAGUGUGGCUGGUGUUUGCUGACAGGCUGCUGGGGUCAGAGCUGUGGCCAUACAGACACUCAGGGUGAGACCUCCAUGCUGUUCAGCUGUUUGUGGGGAGCCCAGGGUAGGAGCUACAGCAGAAAGGCAUAGGAAGGCACCCCAGGUUGCAGGGCAAGUGGUGAGACAGGCUCACUGGUCUGGAUUGCACCCCAGAGUGGUCAUACCCACUUUUAAAAGGUGCACGUUGACAUGGCACAGAUUGCUUCCUAAGAGCAACUUGAACAUGAAUGGGAAAAAAGCUUGAAAAUUCCAUGCAGAAUUUCUCUCACCUAAAAGAAGUUGUGUGUGAUACAUGAGAUGAGAUGUUGUGGGAGAAGGUCUCUGGUCUGGCACACCACCUUGGGUUUAUAAAGUGUGGGUUUGCUUUAAAAAAAAAAAAAACAUGCUUAAGAUUAAAGUUACGGACAGAUAAAGAUGCAAAGUAGACAGGUUUUAUUGUCUUUUGAGGCUUUGCUGUUCCUAGCGGCUGUGGUAUAAGCAUCUGUCUCGAAAUAGCAAAAUCCAUCAAAAUUACAACUUAUUUUUUUAAAGCCACAUAUUCUAAUUUUAGUUGAUACAAAAAAACCCCCCAACUUUGCAUUUGGCCCAUUUUAAGAUUACGCAGGAUUCUGGGCCAAAUCCUGCAAGGUGCUGAAACUCCUUAGCUUCCACUAUUUUUAAGUUUCCUUUAAUAUGAUCCACUAUGAGCAUCAUCUUCACCAAAAAUAAUAAACAAGCUCCUGUGUUGAUGCAGCUAUGUGGAAGUAAACACAAUUAGGCCUCUUUUAUGCUAAAAUGAACAGCAUACUAAUGAGACAUACUGAAUCAAUUAUUCCUAAGGGAUUCAUGGCUAUCAGUCAGAUUAUAAAAGCUAGUUUAUUUAGACUUCACAUUUCUGAUAAGAAAUUCUACGUUAAGCAGAAGACAGCUACAUUGAAAUUGAAAAAUUAAUCACCACGGUUGUUUGAAUUAAUCCGGUUCAUCUGAUUUUGCUUCACAAAAGUUCACAGAGCUGUUCUUAUUUUAGUUCUCUUCCCCACCCCCCACCCCCCGUUCCCCCAGCACCCGCAACCACCAUAUACACAUGAAAACCCUUGAUAAACUGCUUGUAUGCCAGAGACUAAACUAAGACAGUCCCCAAUAGAUUGGAGUUAACAUCAAGCCUUCUUGAUGAAACCAUGUGUAAAAGCUUGUCAGUUCUUAGACAGUAAGAAUGGGACUAUUGAACUGACAUUUAUAGAGUGCUUUUUAAAUCAUCUGUCUGAAUGCACAUUACAGAGCAAUGAAUCACACACCUAAAACAACACUUGUGUGCAGACCAAUCCUGCAGCCAUUGUGUGCUCAACAAUCACAUAUCUGCGUAAGUUUUCAUUACUGUUGGUCUUCCUGAUGUUAACUGAGGAAGGGAAUACUGGCUAAUGGUUCUCUCAUAGCUGGACUCCAUAAAUUAUACACUAUAAAAGAAUGAAAUUGAUUGACUUGCUCCACAACAUAUUCCGGAGAGAUAGCAAACCAAGGCCUUUUCCACUCCCAGUAUUGAAGAUUCCACUGCACUUUUUGCAAGAGCAGGUGUGUGAGCGCUGGAGUCCUGGCCAAAAUUUCAUUUUAGGUAACUACCUAAAUUCCUCCUGCCAUUUCACCUGGAUUCACUUCUUCUGUAGCUCCUUUCCUAAGAGAGUUAUGUAAGGCUUAGAAGUUUGCAUGAUAAUGGCACCUGCAAGUAGAUCAUUUGAGGAUUUCUAUGUAAGCGACACAUUGCACUGCAAGUUAGGGGACCUCAGGUGGAGAAUUCCCCCUUCCAGAAAAGAUGUGGGGAGAUGGACAGGUUACUAAGAAGUCAGAACCUGCACUGAGUUCAGGUUUACAGCAAUUUAUCUUUAACAAUUUGACUGUGGGUGGGGUGCAUGUAUAUACAUGUCCUGGUGUGAUUUGUAACAGUUAUAUUUACCUGAAAUGAGAAGGGGGGGGGGGGGGAGAAGGGAAUUGUGCUUUUUCCCCUACUUUCCAGCAAUGCUCACUUUUCUUCCUCCCCCAGAGCCUGAAAGAGGCCAACUUUAUGGCCAUGAUAUCAUCUACAAUCUUCUGCUUCUGUCCCCACAACUUUAGUUUUCUGUUAAUGAAUCAUAAGCGAGUCCGGUCAGCUUUAUUCACUUUAUUUCAUAUUCCCCCAGUAUUUGCUCUUUCAGAAGUCCAUGUUUAUUCACUUACCUCUUAGAAUACAGACAUACUGUAUUAAAUUCCCAAGUAUCUAAAAAAAUAGGAUGAUUUGUUGAUUUUUCCCAUAAAUACACUUAAAUAGGUAUGGGCCUGAACCAAAUUCCCAGAUCCAAACACAAAUGCUGGAGACAUCAAAUUUAAAUUCUAGAUGUAAUGUUUAAUGAUAACUGUCAUACAUAAUAAAGGCCACAACAUUCUAGUAUCUUAAUUGUUUUUGUUCCACUGUAAUGAGAUUUACACGUUCCUUUUCUAACACUAGAACAAAUUCCUAUUCCUCUACUCACACUGAGUAACAUCUACUGCCACAAAUGGUCCCAUUUCUUCAGUGGGAACAUGAAUGGAGUAAGGAGCUACUCAACACAAGUAAGCGAAUUGGAAUCAAGCCAACUGAGAACUAUCAGAGUUCUUCUUCCUUUCCUCCGGCCACGUCCAUUUUUAGGUCUGUCCACUCUGGGCCUGACCCAAAAGCCACUAAGUUAAUGGAAAGAACCCACUUGACUUCCGUGGGUUAUAGCUGGAACCCCAAAUACACGAUUUAUUAGGUAUCAGAUCCCUUACUCAUCACAGCUCAGAGAUUGUAAUCCAAUGGUGAAUGUGCAUUAUAGGUUCCCCUCUGUGCUGAUCCACAGAGGAUACAAGUUGGUUACAGCCCCUAGCCAUAGAGCCUUUGCUCAUGCUUUAUGUGUGUUUGCCUCAAAGGUGACCAUCACAGGAUCAAAAAAGGAAAAAACUAUUUGUAUUCCCCACAACCAUGACCCUUGGGCUCUAGAAAGAAAAAUAAAAUAUUGUAGAUACAGCAGAACCUAGACUACCCAAAAUGCCUUGUCAUAUGAAACAGCUUUGUCUCCCAACAUUACUAGUUACAUUGAAAAUUCCUUCAAUUAACUAAAAACGUUGAUUAUUCAAACUUAUUCUCCAUCUACUGCCCCGCACUCCACCCCUUCCUGACAUUCCACUAAUUCAGGUUGUACUGUAUUGCCAACCUUUAAAAACAGCCAGAUUCCUGAUAGAUGUUGAGCAUCCAUAAAUACCAGUGGGCAACCCCCACUCUUACAUGAAAGGCCAUGGCAUCCUUCAUGGCCAAACAGACUAGAGCAGAUGGGACCUCAGUUUUUUCUCUCUUUCUCCAAAAAGACACACAGACAAAUGUAACUUGAUUUAACUAUUUGAACAAGACAAAGGGCAGAGCUGGCCCUGUGGCUAUUUGAAAGGAUAGUCAAAAAAGCUCACUCUUAGGGAGGGAGGGAGAUAAUCCAAAAUGGGAGUAUUUCUUAGACAGAUUUUAAAGCUUUGUGUUAAAGCAGUGCCUCUCAACCUUUCCAGUCUACUGUACAGUACCCCUUUCAGGAGUCUGUUUUGUCUUGCAUACCCCCAAGUUUCACCUCACUUAAAAAGUAUUUAUUUACAAAAUCGGAUAUAAAAAUACACAAGAGUCAUACCACACUAUUACUGAAAAAUACUGACUAAUUUUUACCAUAUAAUUGAUAAAAAAAAUCAACUGGACUAUAAACAUUGUACUUGCAUUUCAGUGUAUAGUAUAUAGAACAGUAUAAACAAGUCAUUGUCUGUAUGAACUGUUAGUUUGUACUGACUUGCUAAUGCCUUUCAUGUAGCCAGUUGUAAAACUAAGCAAAUAUCUAGAAGAGUUGAUGUACCCCUGGUUGAGAACCAUUGUGUUAAAGGUUGUUGUAGUCUGGUUCAAUGAGACAUUUUAAAUCUCACUUAUUUCUCACAGUCACUCACAUAUUGACUGCUGUGGGGGUAUAGAUAGUCUUCUCUUGUUGCAUUUAAGUGUAGGUAUUGCAAAACUAAUGCCUAAUCCCCGGUUUAGGCCCAAAUCGAGUUCUGUGAAUUCGGACACUUUCACCUGCACUGAGUCCCAUUACUUCAUGGCCACAGUGGGACUCCAGGAGUGCACCCACAAAGACCUCCAUUGAAGCAAUUAAGUUAAUAGGGCUUGAUUCAGGCCCAAUAUUCCACCCUAACAGAGCCCACUACAGGAUCAGGGCUUUGGUAAUCAAUAUACAGUAGAACUAGGAUUUUUUCUGAAGAGUUUCAGUUAAUUAAGAAAAAAAAAAAUCUUCACCCAAAAGGACUAUAAGGUCUCAUGCAACAAAAAGGAAGAGAGAAGUCAUUUUUUUAAUUAGGAAGGAAAAAAAAACUGAAGCUCCCAAAUUGGCAGGGAGACUCAGGAGGAGGGGCAAUAUAGGAACAUGACUCCAUUCUUUUGAAAUUGACUAGAUUUCAAAUUGUCAGUGUCCCUUUAAAUUACUCUUUUUCCUCUUAUGCUGCACACAGUAGGGAUUUACUGAUUUUUUUAGUGGACAGCAAUAUGUCUGACUCAUUUAGGGGAUUAUCAUUACUCUAACACAGCAUUUCAUUCUUACAUAUUGGAAAUCAUGUAUACUGUAAUUCAGGCAGUGUAAUUUCCUGUGUGGCACUUCACCACAUGAAUAGAUCAGGGAGUUAAAAUAUAUUGUACGUAGAAUAUACACUUUGCAGGUAAAGUCAAAAUAUGGAUGUUAAAUAUCAGUCAUUACACUUGUUGCAUGCAUGAGUGGCCAUUGCAACAAAGGCACUGGAUUAUUAGCUAAUGAGGGACAAAAAGAAAAAUCAUACAACCCUGCCUCACCCCCAUCCGUUUGCCUCUCUCACAAUGUUUGAUCUUUUUUCUCUGAACCCCAAGCCCUGGCUUUAAGUGAUUUUUCAGAUCUGAGAUUUCAUUUUUUUAAAAAAGUAAGUGUCUUGCCUUCCAGGCUGCGGAGAGAAACUUGAGAAUGGCCCCUCUGACGGCCAAGGGCUUAAAACCCAGAGGCAAAUAAAGAGCCCUCUAUGUAAAGAGCACGAAUCUCAUGAUCUCAGUGGGCAGCCCUGUGCCCGGGUUUCUGGGCGCGGCUCCCGGCGGCCCCAGGCUGGAGUCAGCGCCUGGUUCCCGGCCUGCUGCACCGGCAGCAGCCUACAGCGGGCUGAGGAAAGCGGGGGUUUCUCGGGGGGCCCCGCGGCCCGGUUACCGUAGCGAGGGCGCAGCGCCGGGACUGGGACCCCGGCGACUCUCUCCCGCCCUUCGAGCGCGGGCUGCGGCGCUUGGGUGGCUCUGCCCGGGGGGAAGCAGUUCGAGCGCAGCCGCAGGACCGUGGCGGAUCCCUGCACAAGGCGGCGGCGCGGACGGCCGGGGCUGAGGGCUGCUCCCUACCACCGUGGGCCUAGGCCCUGGCAGCGCCCGCCGCACCCGCCACCCGCGCUGACCUCCCCCUGAUGGCGCCGGAGAAACAGCCGCCCCUCGCGUUCGCGCUUCACGGCACUGUCGCAAUCAUGCAGGCGGUCUGAGCUCAGCUGCGCUUUACGGCAAGAUGGCGGGGCCGGGCUGUGGGCCGUCUGUGGGCCAGGUCCGAGCUUCGUAAUCCGCUUCCCCUGUCCCGGCGCAGAGGCGCCAUGGACCGUAGGAAGAAGCCCCUGGAGGUCACAGUCGCCUCGUUGGUAGAUUUAAAGGCUGAACUCUUCCGAAAGCAAGAAGAAUUCAAGAAGGAAAAACUUCUGAAAGAUGCUGGAGUCUCUGUAAAACCCCAAACAACAAACAAGAAACCAAGCAUUUGGAAUAAGCAGAACACAGGGGUUUCAAGUCGAGCUGAGAAAGACGUUGAGCAGAAGAUAGAAGAAGAUCAAACGUUAGAGAAAGCGAGGCAGAAGCUGGAAGAGAAAGCAAAGCUGUAUGAGAAGAUGACAAAAGGAGACUUUCCAGAUGAAGAAACUGAGGAUUUGUACCUUGUGGAUUUCGCUCAGAAGAUCAUAGACAAACGGAGAGAAAUAAAAGAUCUGUGCGAGAGUGAAGCUGCUAGAAAGGCAUCAGAACAGGAGGAAGAUGAAGAGAAGACACUACCUGAAAUAGAAAUACCACCCCCAAAGGACCCCAGUGAAGAAUGGGUUGAUUAUGUGGAUUCCUUGGGCCGAUCUAGACGCUGUAUGAAGAAGGAUUUGCCAAAUCUGCUUAAAAUGGACAAAGAACUUCAGGGGAAAAGACAAGGCAUUGAGGAGAAGACUCUAUCGUCUGAAGAUAUGAGACGAGAACUUCAGCGGCAGCAAUGGGAAAGAGAGGAAGAAGAGGCCCUAAAGAAACCUGUGGGACCCAUACAUUAUGAGGACAUUAGAGAAAACGAGGCCAGACAACUAGGCGUUGGCUACUUUGCCUUUGCUCGUGAUAGAGCACAGAGAAAUAAGCAAAUGGAGACUUUGGAAAUGCUGAGAGAGCAGACCACAGACCAAAGGACUAAACGUGAACAUUUAAAGGAAAAACGAAAGGCAGUUCUGAAAACAAGGCUUUCUAAACUUAAAGCAAGAAAGAUAAAGAGACUAAGAGAAGAUGGACUAGAGGAAGAGGCAAACAAACUGGAAAAUGAAGAAGAGGAAGCAGUUAUUGGACCACUACCAGCUGAACCAGAAGCCUCUGUGGCUCCAAGAGUUGCAGAAAGUAGAAAAGUGGAGGUCAUCAUUCAGGAGAGAAAAGAUACAAAGGCUGGUGUGCCCUAUGUUCGAGAGUGGGAUAAAGGGAAAGAGUUUACUUUUGGACAAUGGUCAAAGAAAUGUGCAGAUGAACGAGAUCCAGAAUUUGCACCACCUUCCAAUUACUUUGUUUGUCAAAAGAAAGCCAAUAACUACCAAAGCCAGAGUUGGAACAAGCUUGGAUCCUCUCCUGAGAAACUGGGACAGGAAUCAACACAGAACAAGCAGUUUCCAUCGAUGCAGAAUUACCGCAACAGCUCAGAGGAUCAACAACCAGUUUACCAAAGUCUAGAUGACAUGUUGUCUUACUACAAACAAAUGACUUGAGCUUAUCAAAAGCAUAAGCAAGAAUCUUAACUUAAAUAAGUGAAAUAGAAUUAUGUUCUUAGCAUUCACCUAUUGUUUUCCCCAGAUUUGGGGGAAAUAAGGUUCCUGUAAGUAGAUAUCUUAUUAAUUAAAGAAAUCUGUUAUGUGAAGUAAGGCUGUCUGAACUGUAUCACACAACAGCCACGCAUUUGCUCCAUCAGUCCUGUAUUGUAUUGAAAGGAUAAGUUUUGAUGGUGGUAUUUGAUUGUGGAAUUUGACACUUAUUCUUUACUCUCUAACCCUAUUCUUUGUUAUUGUUCUGCAUUUUGCCCCUAUUUUGAAAUUUACAAAUAGAGAUGUUAUUUUAACUAGA